AUGGAUUGCUUUCCAAUCCCCUUCGUAUGCUUCCAAUGCGGAACCGAUCAAAAUCCAUGCCAUUGCAAGAUCGUGGGCCCCACAUUGGGGUUUGCCACCACUGUCAUUGCUGCCGUAAUAUGCUGGCCAGGAGCUUUGCUGUGCGGGUGCUGCCUGUCUGAUACUGGGAAGAGGAUGCUUGCUGCUCCAGUGGAUUCUGGUGGAGCUGUCAACAACGCGGUACCAUUCUGA